UACGUCAUUAUAGUUGACGUGCUGUUGCACUGUAUAGUCUGCACUUGCAGUGUCUGCGUCGGUGCGUCCGCAGUCUGCAGGCACGUACUAGCUUGCAACUUGCUAUUUGCUAUAUAAGUAGUUCCGCCCGUUCGCCACCAUCCACUGCACCGCUGUCAUCAAGAAGGCGUCACCGCGCAUUCAAGUAUUCAUUGUCCACAUUGUGCAAGUUCUUCUUGGAAGCUGGAUAACAGCGUAUGAAGUUGAUUCCUUAUAAGAUUGUGCAAAAACAAUCACUUAUACAAGGCAGUAAGAAACUUAGGCAAGAUGUCUAACAUUGGAAACUUGGAACAGCAAAUUGCAAGCUUGCAGCUUUCGCUCGAUGGAAGCCCCGAUGGAAAAACUAUAAAGACUGGGAAAAAAAUUGGCCCAGCAGUUCCACCAAAGCCAAAAAAGUCACUGCCACAGGUACCGCAAAGUUAUUCUAUAAAGGGUGCAUCAAUACCGUCAUACAGCACAGUAUUAAACAAUACUGGAUCCAUCGACAAAGCUAAUAAUCUGUACAUGAACUCUCCAGCUCCCUAUGUAUCGCAUAAUGCCGAAAAAAAUGAUUAUGCACGUUUCACAUCGACAAAUGGAUCUGACUCUUCAAAGUUUUACCAGAAAAACGAAAAUUUGUAUGCAAAUCAACUACAAGACAAAUUUGACCCUGUGUUCAAUUAUGACAAAAAUAGAUACGACGAAAAAAACUUUUACUCUAACAUCGGUAAUAUGCCAGGACCUCAAGUGCCAAACAUAAUCGAUAGAACUAGUGGAACGCUUGCUGAUCAGUCAUCAAGGGAUGUAGUUUACAGUAACAUUGAACCUGCCAUACCUAUACCUGUUCCUCAACCUGUACAAAAAGAAAAAGAUAUUGUUUACAGCAAUAUUCAAUGGAACACUACAAAACCUGAAAGUACUUACUGCAACAUUCCUUCGCAGAGCCAUAACACAGACGACUUACCGCCACCUCCCGACCCCUCAGAAUACAUUUCUUGUAUACCAGGUAACAUCUUUCCUCCCCCUCCGGAAGAACUUCCGCCACCACCUAGUCCCGUAUCAUCCAGUUAUAGUGAAUUAAGAAGAGCGACUUACCAAACAGAUUUUCCAUCCGAAUCAUACCCGAACGACAUUUACGGCCCAAGCUCGCAGUCCAGCUCCACUUAUGAAUCCAUUUACGAGCCGAUCAAUCCCAGGCCUCCGUCACAGCUGUCUUGCAAUUACUCCGUGUACUCCGGCUAUGGCUCUGCCUCUCAACCACAAGGGAAAAUAUCGCCAGUGAAAGAAGUAGAUGUUUUAACAGAUCUCCUGGUGCAAGGAAUGGAAGAUAAUGCCGACGACGGCGAUAUAUACGGAAUUUGCUCGCAGUGCGGCAAAAAAGUAGAGGGUGAGGGAACAGGUUGUUCAGCCAUGGACAAAGUCUUCCAUAUAAGUUGCUUUUGCUGCUUCAUCUGCAGCGUCAAUCUGCAAGGUAAACCGUUUUACCCCCUCGAGGGUAAGCCCUACUGCGAGGAGGACUAUUUGAACACUUUGGAAAAGUGCUGCGUCUGCACUUUGCCGAUUUUGGAUAGAAUUUUACGUGCCACCGGAAAACCGUAUCAUCCGUCUUGUUUCACGUGCGUAGUUUGCGGCCAAAGUUUGGAUGGUAUUCCAUUCACAGUUGACGCCACGAAUCAAAUACAUUGUAUACAAUGUUUCCACAAAAAAUUUGCUCCAAGAUGUUGCGUAUGCAAGUUGCCAAUAAUGCCUGAACCAGGCGAAGAAGAAACUGUACGCGUUGUAGCCCUUGACAGAAGUUUUCACAUUCAGUGCUAUAAGUGCGAAGAUUGUGGACUCGUGCUAUCUUCAGAUUCGGAAGACGGAUGUUAUCCCUUGGACGACCAUGUUCUUUGUAAAAGUUGCAACGCUGCUAGAGUACAGGCCUUAACGUCUCAUAUGACGACUGAAUUGUAAAAAAAUUUACCAGUACUGCAUUUUAUCAAACUAAGGUGUACUGAAAUUAUUUGCACAAACUUUUGAGAUAACGAUAUCGAAUUUAAAAAAAACUUUUCAGCAUUUUCAUGCUACUACAAUAAUCUUUGGAAAAUUUUCAAACUGAAAUGAAUGCAUUUUUAGCAUGUGGUAAUUAUCUACAAUUUUACAAGCAUUUGAUAUAGAUAUUUUAAAGUUGCAAGGAGUAACUUUUGUAUAAUUUUAUAAAAGCUUAUGUAUGUUGCAUUUUUGUAAAUAACAUAAAAAUUUUUCAAUUUCAUUAAAAUACGUAUGAGUUGUUGGUUGAUUUAUAAGAGUAUUUAUAAACUGCUGAGUAAGUAGGGAAAUGCAACGUAAGGUAACGGCAAAUACACACUAAAAUAGUAUAUGCCCAAGUAUUUAGCAAAUGAAAGAAUGUGCAGAAUAGCAUUAUUUAUUUUACACUUCAGGUAUUUCUAUACUGUAUGUCGUAGAUUGAUUUAUAUAGCUUACAGAAAGAAAAUAUGAAAUAAAGAAUUAAGUAUUUUAGUGAAUAAGCUACUUGUUUGUAGUAAAAUUGUGAUUUCUUUCUAAGUGUAAUAAUAAAUACCUUAUUACGUUAUUAUUUCAAUGU